ACGAAGGGUGUGCUGAAACACCUUCUCUCGGAUUUGAUGUACACCUAUGCCAGUAUCUUCGAGUUCUUCAAUGGCGGCGCAGGGAAGACGCGAAUUCGUUCCACUGUUUACUACUUUACUUACUACCUCGAGAAUGCCGGCAUGAUUGGCGCCUGGUACGCAAACUACCCCUACACCGCCGCUUGGUAUUACCUGCCGCUUUUGUUGGUUGUUGUGACUGUCCAGUGGGCCGGCGGUAUUUUCCUACAGUCCUACUUCUUCUACCUGUCCUCAUCUCCGCGCGGUACCUCACUCUGCGGCCUUUGCUGCCCCGAAGAGCUGAGAUCGAACUCAGCGAGAGCUCGCUAUCGACUUGAAGCGGCAAAUGAGAACCUACGGCGCAAGAUGCAGCCCAAUAUUGAACCAGUCACGGGCUCAUCUCCCAAUGCCAGCAGCUACAUG